AUGGUCGCUGCCACUGAAUUUGCGUUGUUGUAUGGUUGCUCCAGCGUCUUCUGUUCAGCCAUUCAACUCUGUCAUCGGCUAUAUUAUCCAUGCGGCUGUCAUAUUACCUUUCGUCUGAUUUUGUCAUAUUUGGUUCAAACGGAAACUCACUUCGUCAUAAAGGUUUAUGAACUCGUAGGAUCGAGAUGGCAUGACCGAGGGACUGCCUUCUGCUUUGGCCACUUCUCUCAGGACGGCACCGAAGCACUUUUGACCGCCCGUUCCGAACGAAAUCUUCAGGAGGUCGUGCUUAGUACCACCAUUCGUUCAAACGAUGUAUAUCAACGGCAGCAAGAUACAUUGAUUGUUUGGACAGAACCAGAUGGGGUGGACUACGCACUCAGCUUUCAAGAGGCCGAGGGCUGCGCAGAGGUUUGGAACUUUAUCAGCGAGGUCCAGCGACACAUGAAUAUCGGGGGACCUUCAUCCCCUAUCCUUGGUCCAGAAAGCUCGGCGGCCACCUCGAACAUUAUUCGGUCGGGACACCUGCCCACGCCACAAAUGGGCAUAAUCGGUGAUAUUGAAGCGGCCAUUAAAGGUCUAGCCAGGACGCCAGUCGUCAAAGAGCGGUUAUGCGAGUAUAUCCAACACGAGGAUUACAUCAAACAAUUAAUUGAAGUCCUUCGCGUUGCCGAACGGGAAGAAAAUUUGGAGAACCUACACGCCCUUUUCAGCAUUAUGCAGACGAUACUAAUGCUCAAUGAUCAUGGUAUGUACGAGCACAUCUGCGAAGACAGCCUGUUCUUUGGAGUUGUCGGGAUGCUUGAAUAUGAUCCCGAGUUUCCUUCCCACAAGGCUAACUACCGCGAGUUUCUCACCGAUACCGCGCGUUUUCAUGAGCCCAUCACUUUUCAACCCUCCAUUCAACGCAAAAUUCAUCAUACCUACCGUCUCCAAUUUCUCAAAGACGUUGCUUUGGCGCGCGCUCUUGAUGACUCCACCUUCAACGUCCUCAAUUCCUGUAUCAUCUUCAACCAAAUCGAUAUUAUCAAUCAUAUACAACAGGACCUCAUCUUUCUGCGGGAGGUGGUUCGUCUCUAUGUGGAUGAAGAUAUGUUGAGUGGAGGCGGAAUCAGGAAAUCCCCCCCUCAGGUCCAGCAGCAGCAGUCGAACGGAGACAUCAAACCCUCCGUGACAGAGGCGAUGGGGAAGCCGCCUGGUACAGAUAUAACAAAUGGAAUACAUCCGACAACGCCGAUGCCUCCAGCAACUGACCCUGACGAUCAGGGUUUCGUGUUGCGUCGGGAAGUGAUUUUUUUGGUCCAGCAGUUAUGUGUCAUGGGCAAAAAUGUUCAGCUACCUGCCCGAAUGGCUCUGUUUAGGUCACUUGUUGAUCGAGGGAUUCUGUUUGCUGUUCAAUGGGCACUGGGUUUGCCUGAGAACAAGGACGUGUCAAAACCUGUUAUUAGUGCUGGUGGAGAGAUUCUUGCCGCGUUGUUGGAUCACGAUAUUAAUGGAGUUCGGGGGCAUGUGCUCAAGCAGGUGGUGGCCAUUGAGAAGGAGCGUGAGGCAGGGAAGAAAGGUUCCGACAAGGCAGAGACAAUCCUCGAGAUGGCAUGCAGGUUAAUGGCGCAUAGCAAAGAUAUUGCCGUUCAAAGUCAGAUAGGGGAUGCUUUAAAGGUGUGGUUAGAUCUUCCGCUUGAUAUGGGGACUACUGGGGGUAACUCGGAAGCCCAUAUGCCAACACGAAAAGAUGACCCAGGUACCGAACGCUUUAUGGACUACUUCUACAAAGAUUGUGUGAUAACAUUGUUCACACCAUUCAAUGACCUUCCGGAAUGGCGAAACACCACGGGUAUGUCGUUUUCCGGACUGUCAUCGACAUCGCUUUCUAACCUUGAGACAACAGAGCCUGUCUUGCACCUCACUCGGGAACAAGCCAACGAAUUCGUGUAUUUAUGUGAUCUGUUGUACAAUUUCGUCCUCCAGCAUCAUUUUCGAAGUCAUUUCUUCUUGAUGUCAACCAAUAUUAUGGUCCGGGUACCAUCAUUGUUCAAGGCACGGGAUAAGCACCUGCGGCACGCUGCUUUCCGAUUCUUCCGGCUGUUGCUGAAACAGAACAAUUCGAAUAUCCACGGACAGGUUAUGAAGUUUGACAUCUUCAAGCCCAUCUUGGAUCUGACACUGCGGGAAUCACGCAGGGACAAUCUUCUAAGUUGUUCAUGUCAAGAAUACUUUGAACACAUGCGGAGGGAGAACAUGAAAGACCUCAUCAAAUUCUGCAUGACCAAACAUGAAGCCGAGAUUAGGGCUUUGUGUGACACACCUCUUGGUGCUCAAAGAUUUCAACUCUUCAUCCGGAGAUGGGAGAUCAAUAAUGAACCGAUUCCAACUGAAAGCAAACCUGACAAGCUCGAUCACCGUGGUUGGCCCAUUCAGGCCCGUACGCUUGAAGCCGAGGAAGAGGAUUACUUCAAUGCAGACGACGACGAGGACGAUUACAUUCCCUCCAUUAGUCAUUCGUGGCACCGUGGCAACAACAUCUCUACGUCACCCGUGAACACGCUAAAACGCAAGCGGAGAAUGGCGAUACGUGGAUCAUCAAGAGGAUUUUUCUCAUCGCAACACUCUCCCAUACAACAUUCUCCCAUACCCACUCAUCCCCCUACCAUGCGUACGCUUUUAACGCCGCUGGUAGAUUAUGAUGAAGAAGACUCGGACGACCAAGAAGAGCUAAUAGGGCCAAAGCCAUUAAAAGACAAUCUCCUGGAGUCCCUUGUAAAGACAAAACUGCCGCCUCGUCCACAGUCCCCUGCUCCUGGAAUGAUGUCUUCAAUGACUGGCAUCGGUCCCGUGCGGCUUAGCGAGAAGCGUCGACGGCCAGAUGAUGAAGACGAUGAACUAAUGGAACGUCUGACGAAGAUCAAGAAGCAAGAUCAUGGUGCACAAAAGGAGGGAGCAGGCGGGCCGAUAGGUCCUCGAGCAAAACCCGGGGAUGAUCCGCCUCCGAAAAAAUUUAAACUGAAAUUUGGAGCUGGGAGUGUUGCAGUGGCCUCCUUACCCCCGAAUUCGGCCCCUUCAGAAACUGGCGCCAAGGACGGGGAUACAGGAUAA